UGUAUAAAAAUAAGGUGGACCCUUGUAACGGUGGUGUGGAGCUAACGGGAAGACUGUCUGGAUUAUUGAUACGGUAACUGAUCAAACAGCAGCAGGAUGAGCGCAGCUGUGUAUCCCCCUCCCUCCGCCCCUGCGGCCAACAUGUUUGGAAAUGUGCCCGGCUACGAAGGCACUGUGGCAGGAGGAGGAGGUUACCUGCCCCCUCCUAUGCCCAUGGAGCCCAUAGCCCCGCCCCAACCUGGCCCUGUACCUGAGGACUGGAACAUCCCCACUCUGUCAGAGGACGUGGCUCGUGAGGCUUUCAAGAGCUUUGCGAAUUCUCAGUGUUGCUACAGUGAAAGUCCUGCCAAAGAUGGAGUCAUCACCAGCAUGGAGCCGUUCAACACCUACAGGUAUCGACUGGAGACGUUUACUGAGUCCAGGUCAACUGAGUGGGCCCACAAACCUCAUGAAGGUGAGCCGGCUGACUUCUACACCCAGACCGCCCCCCGGCCCUGGGAGAUCCAGGCCACCAAGACUCCCAGCCUCUUUAUUAAUCUCACAGAGGAGAUCCGCGUGCCCUACACCUCCUCCAUCCGGGAGUGCUUCAGCUGCCAUGCCACGGGGUUGAUGCCGUGCGAUGAGUGCCAGGGAAGUGGAAAACCAUGCUGGGUGUGUAACGGCACUGGAAUGAGGGAUAAUGAGAGCUGCUCUCGCUGCAACGCUACAGGCAAAGACAACUGUAACAAGUGUGAUAAUCGGGGAACGAAGGAGUGUGAGACCUGUGAAGGAAAGCGACAGCUGCUGACCUACAUCAAGCUCAAAGUGGAGUGGACUAACAAUGUGGAGGACCACGUGAUCGAGCAGAACUCUGGUCUGAAGGUCGAUGAUCUUCGCUCAGUGAGCGGGAAGGAGCUGUUCAAGAACAACCAGUACCUGCUCUACCCACUGAUCGGCUUCCCAAACCCAGCCAUCUCUGAGGCCUCUGACCGUCUGAUCAGAGAACACCAAAGCAAGUACGCCCAGACCUCCAGGAUCCUGCAGCAGAGGCAGACGGUGGAGUUGAUCCCCAUCACCAAGGUCAACUACAAGUGGAAAGGCGACUCCCACGUCUACUACGUCUACGGCAACGAGAACCAAGUCAGCGCCGACAAUUACCCAGCAACCUGCUGCUGUGUCAUUCUGUAGACACACACACACACACACACACACACACUGUCUCAAACUACCAUUUUCUCUUUUUUUAUUUUAUUUUUUUUGAAUCCAUGCCCUCCCUCCAGGACAACUUUUAACCAGUUACUGCACAGAUCUUUCUGGUGGUGCUCACUGGGAUCCCAGAGUAGUCAGGUCCCAGUGUUGUGGAGAAAUCUGCAUGUUAUAUGAUGAUGAAAACUGAAUUUAGAAAAUUGCCUGAAAUGAAUGCCAAACUGAAACUUCACAACAAAAGGGAGAGUAACAACUUUCUCAGUGCUGACUUUAAUAUUUGAUUAUUAAGUGCUCCACACUAACGAAACACUCCUGGAGGGAUUCAUGUGUUUCUCUUUGUGUUUCCAGAACUGUCCGUUCCACUCAGACUCUACCUCCUUUUAGGACGCCGUGAUGCGCCACCAGGUGUCCUGAUGAGACAAAAUAAUAACCUUCAUAUCAAGAAUUAUACUUUAACUAGACAAAUCUUUCACAAGAGGAGAACUGAAUUGCUGGUAUCCAAAUUUAAGACUGAAAUAUUAUAGUUAAACUGACCGUCUGUAUCUGAUUAUUGUCUCAGUGUGGACACCUGUGUUGGCCGUCAUGUCUCUGACACCAUGACCACUUACCAAAGAUAUUCUUCUGUUACAGUUUACUGAAAACACAUGCCAGUAUGUGCCAUUUGAUGUCCUCAGUAUUGCAUGGAAACCUCAUAUCUCCAAAUUAUAGCUUUUUGAGAGCAAGCAGGACUUUUAAUUUCUCCAGAUGUGAACAGAUCAGAUUCAUGAUAUGUAAGGGAGCUUUCACAUCAGGGACCAGGCCCAGAUCUGAGUACGCUUGACCCCAAAGUCCAGUUUGUUUGACUAGUGUGAACACUUUGUACUGUGUUUGUACUUUGUACUGCUAUUCAAUGUGACUACAAGGUGAUUUAACAAGUUAGGAAACAGUCUCAGUUUAAUACCGAUGCCUUAAGGCAGCCCAGCGCUGACAGACCCGGAUCUGGCCUCACUGUUCCCUUCAACCUGCAGUUGGAGCUCGGGAAGGAAGCGUAGAGCUCCAGUGCCUGACAGCAGCUGCUCUACCUCCAUGUGGGAACAGAGAUUUGCCUCGCUAGUCCACAUUUGACAGUCCUUGAGGCAGCAGUGCCUGUCUGCUGCAACCUUUUCUACACUGUAGCAUCGCAAAAAUGUCACGUAAUGGCACUUGUGCUCAUAUAUUGCCUUACAAGGUGAAGCGUACAGGGUGCCACCCGCUACUCAGUUAAACAUUUACAUGCACUCACACACUGGUACUCUUACUUACGCAAUUUGGGAAUCAGUGUCUUGCCCAAGGAUGCUUUGACGUGCAGAUUAUAGCAGCUGGGGAUCGAACGGUCAACUUUCCAACUAGUGGAUGACCCACUCUACCUCCUGAGCCACUGCCGCCCUGCAGGUGAUGACUCUGCAAGUGUAGUCAGGUACAAAACAUUACUAAUGUGAACGCUGAGCAGCAAGGGAGUGGGUGGGGAGGGAAGUAAAACUCGGGGACAGUUUGAAUCAAUCGUAGCGCGUAUGAAAACGCCCUGAAAAGCCAGUCACAUGUGGAGAGCAGUUUAAAAAAGGAGAUAUGAAGUUUUCAUCUCACUGAGGUUACAUUUAUGAUGAGUGCUGUGUGAUAUUGCAUUUGUGUGCGAUCAGGUGAUGGAGGGAGUGACCUGCUGCUCUGUGUGGGAAGCAGAAACACAGUUCAAUAACAAAAGAAUGUGGUUCACCUGGUUUCUACCUGAGCUGUUCUCUCUGUGGUUUAAUGUUACAUGAAGGUAGAAACCACUCCAGUGUUUAAACUGCUGAGAUCAGACGCUUCAACACAAACACAACAAGGCUGUUGUGACUCCAGUAACAAAAGCCUUUGUUUGUCUGAAGGACGGGUCACACCAGGAAGUGUUGAAGCGAAAUUUGUCCCUGUCUUCGCUAAAUGUUUUGGUCUAGAAGCUCAGUGAUGUACUGACUGCUUACAGGAUGAGCUGGUGAACCACUGUAGCUGCAUGGCGAGCUAACUACUAACACGCCAGUGCUGAUCAGACACAAUAAUGCUUCUUUCUAUUUCUCUGUACUGGAUGUUUUUUCUCUUGCAUUUUGUCCUCGGGAUUGUAAAUCAUUUCUUUCAUUAAAGAGCUGUUGUUAGCGAGUUAGUUAGCUCAGUCGCUAACAGGACAAUAAACUCAGACAGUUUAAAAAGUGACCAAGGGAGCAGGUUUCACCUCAACAUUAGGAGGGACACAUAUUAAGCGGAGAGUAUGGGGGUUCUCCCCCAGGAAAUUUUGAGCAUCAACGUUUUAUUUUCUGCAUUCUGGUGAUUUUUAUGCACCAAUUUAUGGUGUAAAUGUCUUUAUUAAUGUAAAAAAAAAAUCAGGCUCUAUGUAACAGUUCAAAAUAUAAAAAUAGACUAUAAUGAAAUUUAAUGUAGUGAGGCUCUUAGGCAUCGGUAUUGCUUUCAAAUAUGUCUGCUCUUGUAGAUCAACUUCUAAUUUAACAUAGUCCCUGUUGAGUCACCACACAUGUUGGCAGAGUUUACAUUUCUGUCCAGUGUCUCUCGGUUGGGAAAGUAAAAUGUGCACAUGGCACCUUUUCACAUCAGUGAGAAAUGAAUUCAUAACAAUUAUAAACCCCUGAACUUUAAUAGUUUAUGUGUUACAGAGAUAUUUAUGCUCAUGUCAAAAGUUCCUGCACAUUCAAAACACAUCCCACGUAUUUGUGUUCUCUGAGAAGUCAAGAAAAAAGUUGUGAUACUAUGAAAAUACAAUAUUAUAUAAUAUAUUAUAACAUAAUAUGAUAUAAUAUAAUAUAAUAUAAUAUACUGUAAUAAACUGCAAUUUAGCCAUAAUAAAGCCAAAAUGUUUCAAGAAAAAAGAAUCUACCUGCCCUAUCGUCCGCUGUGUAUUACGUUAUUGCUCUGCUGAUAGUAUCCCCAUUUUGGAGGCAAAGUUUAAGCCACCAUCCGCUGCUCCUCAUCAGACGAUAAAUAUUGAAACUAACUGAAACAUUUCUCAUCCGGCUGAAUCAGUACAAGGCACAAUUUGUCCCAUGUUGUCAUGCACAGAGCUGUUACAGUGGGGAUACUCCAAACAAGUUCACUCAAAUAUUGGUAGGGACAUUUCUGUCCUCCUAAGAUAUUGGUCGGGACACGUCCCUUUCGUCCAUAUGCAAACCUCUGCUCUUAGUUCACAAAAGCAUUUUAGCACUGUUGCAGAAAUAAUCUCCGUCCACACUAACACACCUGAGAACGCCUAUCACAUGGUCAUUUACGUAUACUGGGCAUGUGCAUAACAAUGUAAACAGGAAGUAGAUCUUCUGCUUUGUAGUUACAGAUAAUAAUACUACGGAGAUGGCGAAAAGUAAGACCAGAAAUUUUUUUGCUUGGAGCAAUGAUAAGGUGGAACUGUAAAUGAAAGUAACAUAUGAGUAUAAGGUGGUCUAGGUGGUCAGUAAUUAUAUCUGGGUGGCUGUGCCCCCCCUGGCCACCCCUUGGUGGCACCUCUGACAGUGUGAAGUGUCAGGAACAAGAAGCAUUAAAUAAACUAAAGUUUGUCACAUUCAGCCAUUAAAGAAAUGGCAAAGAAAACUCUGAUAUUUUAAGAAGCAAUUACAUCAUAACACUAUUAUAAAUAUUAAGCUUUGCCAAGCGCUUAAUGUUUCCUGUCCUGUGUGAGGUCCAUAAAAGCCUUUAAGACUGUUUCUCUGUCGCUUUGACUCUCAGCCAAUCAGCUCUUAUUCUGUGAAGCUGCCUCGCUAAAGGGCAUUUUUUGUACGAAACUUUACUGAGCCGACAGCUGAAAUAUCCACGCAGCAACCCGAAACAUGUAUCUCCAAUGCUUGUGAUUACUUUAUACCUUUCAAUGAGCUAUGAUCAUUUUUUACAACUUUUAGCCUCAACAAAAGUCUAGUCAAACUCUUUGGUGCUUUCACAAAAUGCUGUUCUGCUCUGUUAGACCUUAAAUACUUUUGGUGAUUUAUGUUUUCCACCUGAUAACAGCUGUAUCAUAAAGCAACUGUCAGAUCUCAGUACAGUGUUUGAGACUUUCAGCUGCACCAGAAAUACAAAAAAAAAGGUUUGUACAUAACUGCAACAUCGUCAUAGCAACUAAUUCAAAACCCCUCAUGAUCCACGUGGAUCAGAAGACACAAAUGUAUUCAUUAAAAACACAAAUACAGAU